ACUCAACGCUGCAAUGUUGUGAACGAAGUGGAAACUGAUGGGAAAACAGCUGAGAAACGCUAACUUACUUCUUAUUAAACAUUUGAUAAUAAUUAGAUUCAUGCUUUUACGACAGUAAGUCUGGUAUGCAUUUUUUUAGUUGAUCAAGGUCGAAUUUGUUUAGCUGUAUAACUUACUUUUACAAUGACUUUGGUGACAAGCUAGCUCGUAAGCUAACUAGCAUUUUCUAAUUUAUCUAGCUGCCCAUAUCUGCACUCCUGUGGAGUUUGUGGAAAUGUAUCUAGCUUCGUUUUAAGUAUGAACUGAAUAACGCGACCUACGUACAAUUAUAAAAGACUACUUGCAAGCAGUGAUUUAUCAUUUUGGUCACAUAGCUAAAAGCUAGCUAUCAACAACAUAGGUACAAUGACACUUGCCCCGAAGGAGCUCUCCAACCUCUUGGGAAUCAUCUCAGAGGAAGCUUGCACCAACACUUUCGAAAGUCUAUCAUCCGCCUUUCAUCAUUACUUCGCGAAGGCCGAACAUUUCCGAGUAGGAUCGGUUUUGGUGAUGCUACUGCAACAGCCGGACCUUCUGCCAAGCUCUGCACAGCGCCUGACUGCCCUCUACCUCCUCUGGGAGAUGUACCGCACAGAGCCACUGGCCGCCAAUCCCUUUGCCGCUGUCUUUGCGCACUUGCUGAACCCCUCCCCAGUUGGGGAUGAGCAGGAAAAACAACUGUCUGGAUUCCUGCCACCCAUUACACAGCCCGAGAAGUUCUUCCUCUCCCAGCUAAUGCUGGCGCCUCCAAGGGAACUCUUCAAGAAGACCCCCAGACAGGUGUCCUGCAUGGACGUGGGGAACAUGCCACAGUCCAUAGACAUUAGUGGGCUGCAGUUGGCAUUGGCAGAGCGCCAGUCAGAACUACCCACCCAGAGUAAGGCCAGCUUCCCCAGCAUCCUCAACGACCCGGAUCCAGAUUCUUCCAAUUCUGGGUUCGACAGCUCAGUGGCCAAUCAGAUCACAGAGUCUCUGGUCACUGGGCCUCGACCUCCACUGGAGAGUCACUUUCGUCCAGAGUUCAUCCGGCCGCCUCCUCCCUUGCACGUGUGUGAGGAUGAGCUGGCUUGGCUAAACCCCACGGAGCCCGACCACCGUGUGCAGUGGGACCGCUCCAUGUGUGUGAAGAACAGCACGGGUGUGGAGAUCAAACGCAUCAUGGCCAAGGCAUUCAAGAGCCCACUGUCUGCCCAGCAGCAGUCACAGCUCCUGAGUGAGCUGGAGAAGGAUCCGAAGCUGGUGUACCACAUCGGUCUGACCCCGGCCAAGCUGCCUGACUUGGUGGAAAACAACCCUCUGGUGGCCAUCGAGAUGCUUCUCAAACUGAUGCAGUCCAGCCAGAUCACGGAGUACUUCUCCGUCCUGGUCAACAUGGACAUGUCCCUGCACUCCAUGGAGGUGGUCAAUAGGCUGACAACUGCUGUGGACCUCCCUCCAGAGUUCAUUCACCUGUACAUCUCCAACUGUAUCUCCACGUGUGAACAGAUCAAAGACAAGUACAUGCAGAACCGCCUGGUGCGCCUGGUGUGUGUGUUCCUUCAGUCUCUGAUCCGGAACAAGAUCAUCAACGUGCAGGACCUGUUCAUCGAGGUGCAGGCCUUUUGCAUUGAGUUCAGCCGCAUACGGGAAGCAGCUGGCCUCUUCCGCCUCCUCAAGACCCUGGAUACAGGAGAAAUCCCCCCAGAGGUCAAACCUGCCAAAUAACGGUUUCAUAGUACAUAGAACGUGGCAAGUAGCCUGUUGUGCCAAAUAACACCCCCCAGGUAGUAAGCCCACAGAGGCACAACCCGCUAAAUAGCGUCCCAACCAAGAGAAACUGACCAAGGCUGUAUAACCACCCAGACAAUCCUCACGAUCUCACCAGUACCCGCCUGGAGUCCAGCUUUGAACUCAGUUACUGUUUUUCAUCUCUCUUUUCUGGACAAAGAUGGACAUAUUUUGAAAAUAGAUUUUGAAACUGUUUUUUCCUCCAUAGAUUGAUGCUUGUUGCUUUUGUUUCAUUAAAUGGAUAUGUAAUGAACCAUCUGGGUUGUUGGAUUGUA